GAUGAAACAUGCCUCCCCUGGAGCUUUUCACAGGGACACAAACAGCUCAAUGUUCUAGGUUGACCAGGAGGACUGCAAACAACGGACUAAAUGGAGCCUUUGAAGGAUUUAGUUUCUUCGCUUUCUUUGAGUCCUACUACAGUGAUAGGAGCCAUUUUCCUUUUGCUUGUCUUUUACCUUGUGUCAGUUUCCUCCUCGUCCGUGGAAAUGAGGAGAGAACCCCCAGGACCGAGACCUCUUCCCCUGCUUGGCAACCUGUUGCAACUUGAUCUCCAGAGGCCAUACAAAACACUUUGUGAGCUUUCUAAGAAACAUGGCUCUGUAUUUACGGUAUACUUUGGACCUAAGAAAGUGGUUGUCCUGGCUGGCUAUAAGGCGGUCAAAGAAGCUCUGGUCAGCUUUGCAGAGGAAUUUGGAGACAGAGAAAUUUCACCGAUAUUUAAUGACACGAAUAAAGGCCAUGGAAUUCUGUUUGCAAAUGGAGAAUCGUGGCGAGAAAUGAGACGAUUUGCCCUAACCACCCUCAGAGACUUUGGGAUGGGCAAAAGAGUCGCUGAGGAAAAAAUCUUGGAGGAAUGUGGCUAUCUGAUUCAAAUUUUUGAAAAUCACAAAGGGAAACCGUUCGACACAACAUCUCCAGUAAAUUAUGCAACAUCGAACAUCAUCUCUUCCAUCGUCUAUGGAAGCAGAUUCGAAUAUACUGACCCCAGAUUUAGAAACCUAGUGAGUCGAGCCAAUGAGACGAUCCGCGUUACAGGUUCUGCAGCAAUCCAGCUUUACAACAUGUUUCCCUGGCUGGCCAGAUGGACAAAAGCACGGCAGCUAAUAUUAAAAAAUGUCAAGAACACCGUCAAAGAUGUCAAUGAUUUGAUCAAACAUUUGAAAGACACGCUGAAUCCCCAGACCUGCAGAGGACUUGUGGACUGCUUUCUUAUUAGGAAGCAGAAGGAAGAGGACUCUUUCGUUAAAGACUCUCACUUCAAUGAGGAAAACCUGAUCUUCACAGUGACCAACCUGUUUGCUGCAGGCACUGACACCACAGCUACCACGCUGAGAUGGGGUUUGCUGCUGAUGGCCAAAUAUCCAAAUAUUCAGGAGGUCUCUGUCAGAGGAAACUCAGGGAGCGGCAAAACCAUGUUCGAAGACAUUUUUCGGUCCUCCGCCUCAGUCUCCCUGUUAGGGUUAGUUUUUGGUCUGCUGGUCCUCGUUGUUCUUUACUCCAACUCCAAAUCCCAUGAAGGGCGAGAGCCUCCAGGACCCAGAUCUCUUCCUUUGAUUGGUAAUCUGCUUCAGGUGGAUCUGAAAAAGGUCGACCAAAGUCUUUUGGAUCUUUCCAAAAAAUAUGGACCUGUGUUUCAAAUAUACUUUGGGAUAAAGAAGAUAGUGGUCCUGGCGGGUUACAGGACUGUCAAACAGGCCCUGGUAAACCACGCUGAUGAGUUUGGGAACCGAGAAAUCACACCAAUUUUCUAUGAUUUCAACAAAGAACAUGGCAUACUCUUUUCUAAUGGAGAGUCGUGGAAAGAAAUGAGGCGUUUUGCGCUGACGACACUGAAAGACUUUGGAAUGGGCAAGAGAAUAAUUGAAGAUAAAAUCAUUGAAGAAUGCCACUAUCUUAUUGAAGACUUUGAAACAUUUGAAGGUAAACCCUUCAACAACACCAAGACGAUAAGUUAUGCAGCUUCAAAUGUAAUAUCAUCUCUAAUGUUUGGAAAAAGAUUUGAAUUCAAAGACCCUAUCUUCCAAGCGAUGGUUGAAAGAGAUAAUGAGACAAUCCAUCUGACGGGAUCAGUCUCCAUCCAGUUAUAUAACUUCUUUCCGUGGCUGGGCCCUUUCCUUAAAAAUCGGAGGGAUGUGAUACGGAACGUGGAAGCGGGAAAGAGUGACAUAAGACAGAUCGUAGCAGAUCUGAGGGAGACUCUGGACCCUCAGAUGUGCAGAUGCUUUGUGGAUGCAUUUUUGAUCCGUACCCAAAAUCUAGAGGGUACAACGGUUCUUCCUCUUCUUACAUCUGUCCUGUAUGACGAAAGUGAAUGGGAGAACCCUCACACUUUCACCCCCUCACAUUUCUUGGAUCACGAGGGUAGAUUUAUCAAGAGAGACGCCUUCAUGCCUUUCUCUGCAGGUCGCAGGGCGUGCCUUGGAGAGGGAUUAGCCAGAAUGGAGCUCUUCCUCUUUUUCGCAUCCCUCCUUCAGUGCUUUCGGUUCACUCCCCCACCUGGAGUUUCAGAGGAUGAACUGGAUCUGGCACCAGUUGUGGGUUUCACCCUCUCUCCUCUGCCUCAAAGUCUGUGUGCUGUCAAACGCCAGUGAGGAGACCAGCUAGACAGUAUUCUAUUGCUUUUGUUGUAAUGAAGAUUUAGUAAAGAUUUCACGGACUGAAAGAAAUUGGCUCUAAACCAUAGGCUGCUUGAACAUAUCAGGGGGAAUCUGAAUUAAAAUCCCCUGUUGAGUAUAGCCUUUUAUUCUACAGUCAAUAGUAUUCUGCCAUGCUGGCAAUUUUUUGCAAGUAUUCAUCUGUGUUCAUACGUUACAACACAAAAUACAAGCAUGAUAUAACAAAUCUCUCAAGCCUGUAUAAUUUGAAAUCAAGGCUAAUGUUAUUCAAAAUUUACAAACCAUUCCAUAGAAUAACCUCCUGCAGGGUCAUAGGAAAGUUGGAGUCAUUAGCUGCUGCUGUAGGAAAACCAAAGCUCACCUUAGCUGAGUUGCCAGCCCAAUACAGGAAAAGCGACAUGUGCAACAGAUUUCAGAGCUGCCAGAAAAUGCAAAUGAAAAAUCUACAGAAUCUCAAAUUUAAAAAAUAUUUACAGACUAAUAGUACAAUUAUAUACUGCUUUCUGCACUUUUUUUAUGUUUGGAUAUUUAGCUUAUUUGUAAUGAAUUCUGUAAGCAAGAUAUUGUCUGUAAAUUUGUCAUAUCACGUAGUUUAUCUGUAACAUGAUUUCUUGUCUCCUUAAAUUCUAUAUUCAGUCUUUUUAAAGGUGAUUUUUUUUCCAAUGUUUUUUUUCAGUCAGAAAUAUCUAAUUCAAAAGGCACUUUUAUGCACGGGCCUGUUACCCAAAUGUAAACCAUGGUUAUGGAAAACCAAAGCAUAUCAUAAUAUUAUAUAUCCUCACAAUAUUUGAGCUGGUUUGCAUUUUUGUCUCAAGAAGAAAAUAUGGGCACAACAUAAAAAUUCACAUCCUCAACUCUACAAGCCUCUGUGGGCUGUCCUGCUUGAAAACCUUUCUCUGAAAAACAAAAUCAGAGGCCGAGGAGGAUCAGAAAAUUUCCACAGGAUCUGUCCUAUAUGAAAAUGAGCACAAAUGCCUCCUUUGGGUUUUCUGCCCAGCUACACAACUACUUUUAAGUAGAACUCAUUACUAUUAAGUUUUUUUUUAUUAUUUUCAGAUAUUAAAAAUACCAUGAUAGUUACAUCAUAAAAGGUGAAUUUAAAACAACACAGUGAAACAUAAUUUCUUUAUUUGUUCAUGAGGGAUCAGACACGUUUGAAAAUGAAAGACUUGUAUUGCACAUCCAAAUGAUACAAAGUAAACAGAAAAGUUACAGAAAGUGCUUUCACAAAAAACAUAACCCGUAAGUUUGUUAAUCUUAGUAAUCACUUAUUCAACAAUAAAACCAAUCCAAACAUGGUUAUAAAAGCGUUGUAAUUUAUUAUUCUAUUGCUGUCUUGCAAGGACUCUUUCGAAAUAAACUUUAAAAAGCUACAUCAUUAAACCUUUUCAUGUCUCAGAUGAAAAUUCAAACAUCAUUAAAAACGGCACAGAGAAGCCCUCAUGGGCCCUUUAAGGUCCUUCCACUUUAAUCGUGUUGAUCUGCUGAUCCUGUUGGGUGGAAACGCUGCAGUCCUGGAAAGAGCUGGACGAACAGCUGCUUGAGAAAUCUGAGCUUUUACUCUCUGGUGUUCUGAAAGACUGCUGAUGCGACUGUGUGAACGUAGAGACGUAGGACUGUGUGUAAGGUGUUAUUAGUGUCUGACUGCUCUGCUGUGGGUACCCGCCUGCGUACGCCUGAGUCUGAGGAGGAGUGUGAGUGAGAGGAAGACUGUCUGCACUGCUGCACGGUUGAAAGCCGUUAAUGCUGGUAGGGCGCAGUCCCGGCAGUUUAAAGGCCUCCACGUUUUCAGAACUUUCCAUGGAGUUAUAGCUUGGCUGAGUCUGGCUGCACUGAGUGUAGGAGCCUUGAUUAAAACUGAAUGUGUCCAGGCCAAAUGAAGAGGGCGAUGGAGUUUUGCUAUGCUGCUGCUGCUGAGCACUUCUGCCAUGCACCAUUCUGGAGGACAGCAUUUGAAGAGUGCUUAGGAUCUGCUUCUGAAUCUGCGUCUGCUGUGAAUGCUCCCUUUCUAGCCGGCACUGCUGCUCAAUAAGCAUCUUCACCGCCAAUCCCAGGCUGCGUACUUCAGAGCCCAGGGUCUGGAUUUGGUCCUGCAAACCACCUCUGCCUCCAGUGUCUUGGACUGCCUGCUGUGGGCUCGGAUUACUCUCGUUACGAGUGGAACUCGAGCCACUAGGAGUCUGGAGGCGAAGAAUGGGAGCCCCAGGAGCAGAGGAGGUCAAAUUUCCUAUUGGGCGGUUGGGAAGACGAAUCCCAAAACGAGGCGGAGGGUGAGUGGAACGAGCACACGGUCCUGGUCUCUGUGUUGGGAAGCGCCGGGGAGCGCAGUCACCUGCAGGCUGACCCUCAAUAGCAGUCUUCUCUGUGGUCAGGUCGAAGGUUUCACGAGGCUGAGUGAGAACACUCCUAAAAUCAGAACUUUGCACGUUGGAGGGAUCUCGCCUCAACAAUGAUGCCACCUGGUGGAAAGACUUUGUCCUGUGUGACAAAGCUUUAUCCAACAGUCUUUUUCGAGCGGCCAACAUUGAACUGGUUGCAGGAGAAAGAGUGACUCUCCUCUUCAUGUACGAUCCAGAAGCUGCUAAAGUGGAAGACGCCGAGCUUGUUUCAGCCCUUGUUGCUGUACAAUGAGGAAGUCUUUGCUGGCCAUGCUGUGCAAGGGAGGUAACACUAACAAUCUGUAUGUCGUUUUCUUCCUUAUUUCCGUCACGUUGCGGCUCCGGUCUGCUGCCUCCACAGGCCUCCCCAGACCCGGAUGAGUUUGCACUAGCCUCUGAAUUUGGAGUCUGUUUGGCAAAGUCUGCAGCUGCAAAACCAGCAUUUUGAGAUGCCUCUCGCAACAGGUUUUGGAUAUGAAUAUUGCUCCAGCUUUCUCUCGACGCCCCAGUCCGAGGGGGCACCUGUGCGGCUAACGUGUUUGCCCCAGCUUCCACAGGUCUGACCCUCCCUGGUGGCCUGCCCUGGAGCUCUCUCAGGUACAGGUAGAUGGCCUGAGCUGAAACUUUGAUGUUCUCCAGCUCCAGCACGGCUUUGAUCUUACGGAAACUAAGACCAGCUUUUCGCAGCUCCACCACUUUGUGCUUUGCGGCAUCAUCCAAUCGACCCAUGUUCUCCCACUCUGAGCUCAGUUAACCUUGUAUAAAAGAGGGAAGCAGGACCUUCAAAACUGACAAACUCAUUAUAUAUACCAUGAAUACGCGUGUCACUUUUGCAUGAAUACGGUUCCAUUAAACGCACAAUCCCGCGUUUGGUCGUCAACAACGUAAAAAACGAAGCAAAUGAGUUGUAAGUGGCGCGCAGGUAGUUACGCAAUUUCCCGUGUCGUCAUCACCUCGCGACGUGUUCUCAGCCCGCAAGAAAUUGUAACGAAGCCACUUCGACAUAAAGAAAUGGCACCGUCACCUACAAAGCGAAAGGAGGAUGAAAAAACUAAAGAUAGAGGCAAAGAAAAGACCGCUACCAAGGACGGUGAGAAAGAGAGGGGACGGGAUAAAGUAAGGAAACGCCGCAGUGCUUCCUCUGGCAGCAGUAGCAGCAGCAGAUCAAGCUCAUCAUCUAGCAGCAGUUCUGGAUCCAGCUCAGGUUCCUCAAGUGGAUCCAGCUCAUCCGGUUCCAGUCGCUCUGGGUCUUCUAGCUCUCGAUCCUCUUCCUCCUCCAGCUCUUCGGGGUCACCAAGCCCCAGCCGCAGACGCCAUGACAACCGCCGUCGCUCUCGCUCCCCCUCCAAAACACAGAAGAGGGGAGACGAUAAGGAACGCAGAAAAAGAAGUCCCACCCCCAAGCCAACCAAGGUUCACUUAGGAAGGCUGACCAGGAAUGUAACCAAGGAGCACAUUCAGGAAAUAUUUUCUACAUAUGGAAAAAUCAAAAUGAUUGACAUGCCCAUGGACAGGCUGCACCCACACCUGCCCAAGGGCCAUGCUUACGUGGAGUUUGAGACCCCCGAGGAGGCUCAGAAGGCCCUCAAACAUAUGGACGGAGGUCAAAUCGAUGGACAGGAAAUCACGGCAGCUGCUGUGCUGACUCAGCGAAUCCGUCCUCCACCUCGCAGGAUGUCUCCUCCCCGCAGGAUGCCGCCACCACCACCAAUGUGGCGUCGCAGCCCACCCCGCAUGAGGAGAAGAUCCCGCUCCCCAAGAAGGCGCUCCCCGGUACGUCGCCGUUCCCGUUCCAGAUCUCCUGGUCGCAGGCGCCACCGUUCUCGUUCCAGUUCCAACUCAUCCAGAUAAAACACCACAUCACGUUUAGAUUAUGACAGCAGACCAGUUGUGAUGUUUGGCUUUAUUAUCUCCAAGGGAAGCAAGAUAAUCUGCCCCAUAGUCAACGACCCAGAAAAGGAUCGAGUCCUAACCCUACAAAUGUUUUUUUUUGUUUGUAUUCCCCAUGUUUUGUGCUAAGUGAUUCUGAGAAGUACCUUAAUCUUUAUCACACUGUGAUCUACAAACAUUUUUUUAAAUUUGACUUCUUUUUACCUUGUAUUGAACUUUUAGACAUUUUGACAAAAUAAACAUGCAGAAGCAGCAAGAGUCUGGCUUUGAAUGUUUUUGGUUAAAGCUGCAUGAUGAAGUGAGCAGUUAUUCCCUUUGAAUUUCAAAUUAAUAUGUUUAUCUUGGCAAACUUCUGUGUGGAUUUUUUGUAGAAAGUACAGAUUACUGCCUCACUGCAGCUGUGGAAAUACCUUUCCCUUCCUUUUAAAAGACAGUUUCAGUUAUGAGAGGCAGCAGAGG